CUCUCCUUAUAGUAAAGCCUAUCAACCAGUCCCCAUCUGUCUCUCUCACUCUAUAAAGCCACGUUUUUUCUUCUUUUCCCGGGAUUAUCCUAUCUGGGUUUCUCGGGUUUCUUUUUGAAUUCCAAUUCCUGAGUUCGUUGCCCUUUUUCUGUUUUUCUGUUUGUUUACGUUAUGAAUACCCAUUUGGUAUUUGUAUUAAUUAAAUAGCUGGUAUAUGUUAUUUGUGCUUUUUAGGUUUGAGGGUUUUGGGGUUUGGUUAAUCAGCAAGAUCUGUUAAGAAAGAAAGGAAGGUGAGAGUUGAGAGGACAGACCCAUUUGGCUGCUUUUCUUGGAAUUUCAAUAUUUAAGGUUGGCUUUCUGCUGAAUUCGGUUAAGAGGCUGGAUUUUGUGACUUCUAUACAUCCCUUUGGUGUAUAAAUUAAGUUUUCUUAUAGGAUUGCUAUCUAUCCACUUUUAUCUAACAAAAGCCAUUAUCUUUCUUUUGCAUAGAGAGUCUGGUGGUGUAAUAUUUCAAUCAUUUUGUGAUUGGAGAAACAAUUUCAGUCAUUUUAUUGUCUUUAUGCAAUUGUUAGAGCUGUGCAGAACAUAUAGGUGUAUAUAGUCAAAACAUUGCCUUGUAAUUCCUUCAAUUGCUGUCUCCUAGCAAUUGUUAUUGCUUCUUAAGUUUUAUAUUAGCAAAUAUUCUUGUUGAGUUACAGGAAUUCCCAAUAGCUUCGAUUUAGCAAAUCAUCCAAAACACGAAACUUUUAGAGAUGGAUAUAAGUAAUGAGGCCAAUGUUGAUCCCUUUCCAAUUGGACCUUCAUCAAUUAUUGGUAGAACUAUUGCUUUUAGAGUGUUAUUCUGCAAGUCAAUGGGACAAUUGAGGCGUAGAAUCUAUCAUUUUUUAUUGAAUUACAUUUGUAGACUUAGGGAUUUUUCUGCUUCAAUGGUAUCAUGGUUGCAUCCGCGGAAUCCACAAGGAAUACUGGCAAUGGUGACAAUAAUUGCUUUUCUAUUGAAAAGGUACACAAACGUGAAAUCGAGGGCUGAGAUGGCAUAUCGGAGGAAAUUUUGGAGGAAUAUGAUGAGAACUGCAUUGACAUAUGAAGAGUGGGCACAUGCUGCUAAGAUGCUUGAUAAAGAGACACCAAAGAUGAACGAAUCGGACCUUUAUGAUGAAGAAUUAGUGAGAAAUAAGCUUCAGGAGCUUCGACACCGUAGACAAGAGGGAUCUCUUAGAGAUAUUAUCUUUUGUAUGAGAGCUGAUCUUAUAAGAAAUCUUGGUAAUAUGUGCAACCCAGAGCUUCACAAGGGCAGGCUUCAAGUGCCUAAGCUUAUUAAGGAAUACAUUGAUGAGGUCUCAACCCAGUUGAGAAUGGUUUGUGACUCAGAUACAGAGGAGCUUUCAUUGGAGGAAAAGCUUUCUUUCAUGCAUGAAACGAGACAUGCAUUUGGGAGAACAGCUUUGCUUUUGAGUGGAGGUGCUUCCCUCGGAGCCUUUCAUGUAGGUGUGGUUAAGACGCUGGUGCAGCAUAAGCUUUUGCCCAGAAUAAUUGCUGGUUCUAGUGUAGGAUCCAUUAUGUGUUCUAUUGUCGCCACGAGAGCAUGGCCAGAGUUGCAAAGUUUUUUUGAAGAUUCUUUGCAUUCAUUGCAGUUUUUUGAUCAAAUGGGCGGGCUUUUUACUGUAGUCAAGAGGGUCACGACACAAGGUGCUGUCCAUGAAAUACGGCAGUUGCAAUGGAUGUUAAGGCAUCUCACAAGCAAUCUUACAUUUCAGGAAGCUUAUGAUAUGACAGGUCGAAUUCUUGCAAUCACAGUUUGCUCUCCAAGGAAGCAUGAGCCUCCUAGAUGCCUUAACUACCUGACUUCACCUCAUGUUGUCAUAUGGAGUGCAGUCACUGCUUCUUGUGCCUUUCCUGGUCUUUUUGAAGCCCAGGAACUUAUGGCUAAGGAUAGAAGUGGAGAAAUUGUUCCAUAUCAUCCACCCUUCAAGCUGGAACCAGAGGAAGGGUCAAGCACGUCUGCUCGUCGGUGGAGGGAUGGAAGCUUGGAGAUUGAUUUACCUAUGAUGCAAUUGAAGGAGCUAUUCAAUGUUAAUCAUUUUAUUGUGAGUCAAGCAAAUCCUCACAUUGCUCCAUUAUUGAGAAUGAAGGAGUUUAUAAGAGCUUAUGGCGGUAACUUUGCUGCAAAGCUUGCUCAUCUCACCGAGAUGGAAGUAAAACAUAGAUGCAGUCAGGUGUUGGAACUUGGUUUUCCAUUAGGUGGAGUUGCCAAGCUUUUUGCUCAAGAUUGGGAGGGAGACGUCACUGUUGUUAUGCCUGCUACACUCGCUCAGUACUCAAAAAUUAUACAAAAUCCGACUCUUGUGGAGCUGCAAAAGGCGGCCAACCAAGGGAGAAGGUGUACAUGGGAGAAACUUUCAGCCAUAAAAGCCAACUGCGGGAUUGAGCUUUGUCUUGAUGAAUGUGUCGCAAUUCUCAACCACAUGCGUAGACUCAAAAGGAGUGCUGAGAGAGCAGCUGCUGCUUCGCAUGGCAUACCUAACCCAAGUACUAGUAAUGUCAAAUUCAGUGCUUCUAGAAGAAUCCCUUCUUGGAACUGCAUUGCUAGAGAGAACUCAACAGGGUCAAUUGAUGAGCUUCUGACUGAUGUUGCUUCCACAUUUCAUCAAGGUGUUGGUGGAUCUGGAGCAACUACAGGUAGAAAUUUGCGGACUCACCGCAACAUACAUGAUGGAAGCGACAGCGAAUCUGAAAAUGUAGAUAUAACUUCUUGGACAAGGUCUGGUGGGCCAUUGAUGAGGACAACUUCAGCAAAUAAAUUUAUUGACUUCGUUCAAAAUCUUGAUAUUGAUGCCGAAUUGACCAAAGGCUUGUUGACUCAUCCUAACUCUCCGGGGGCUCCUAUGGGAAUUAGGGAUCCAUUUAAUACAAGUUCUCGGGUGACAACACCUGAGAGAAUUUCGGAAAGUGAUUUUGAACUGAGGGAUUUUAGCAGAUCAUCUCAGACUGGUUCUAGUAUUAUGGUUACUGAAGGCGAUCUUUUGCAGCCAGAAAGAAUCCAUAAUGGGAUUGUGUUGAACGUCGUAAAGAAGGAAAACUUGGGACUCUCAAAUAGAAGCCAGGAUUCAGAAAAUUACAAUGAAAUUCCUGAAUGUGUUCAGCUUGAUAGGGAUAUGGAUGGUAGCUCAGCAUCUGAAUAUGCUGGGGAUGACGAUGAUGACGACAAUGACAAUGACAAUGACAUCAUUACUGUAACAAACUUCUCAAAUGUGGUAUCUCCCAUUCCUGUUCCCAAGGAUGAUUCUGGGGUACAUGAGGGACAGGAUCAAAGUUCUGUGGAUGGUUAGUUUUGAGGAAUAUUUCUGUUGUGUGAACAAUUUGGUCUAUCUGAUUCCCGGAUCACCUUAAUAUCAAGUGCCACUAGCUGCAGAAAGAGCAGAGAAAAGCAAUUAUUGCUUGAACAUCCCCAUUUCACGUCGUUUUCAAGAGAUAAUGGUCAGGGACAGCAGAGAAUAAUCAAUCAUUUGUUAGAUAGAAGAUUUGUAUAUGAAACCGGAGAGAAAAGCUCAACAUUUUUAGAAGAAUGAUCGCAUUUGAGAUCAAAUUGUCUUGAAUAUGCCAAAUUAUUUAUUGUGUAAAAUGUAUUGUACAUACCACGCAAUGUGCAAUGUGAUUUUCAUACAUACAGUUCAAUGAAAGAAACAGAUUUUACAUCA